CAAACCACUUCAAUAAUACAAACAACUCCUUCUAUUCUCAUCGACACCGCAUCAGCACUCCUUCAAGCCAAGAUAUUUACUGUACUUCAGCCAACUUCGAAAGUAACAGACCUUUAAUUGCCACUUCUUUGCCACGCCGAGACCAACUACACUUUACAGUCGGUCAACCGGAUUACUUCAAGAGUCAGCAUUGCCCCAUCGCUACUCGAAUUCUCACCAUCUUGCGAUCAUCUCGCUUUUAUCGUCGUUCCGACCUGACAGUACUUCCACGCCUCCAGUCUCCCUUCAAAACAAGACAAAUACCAUCAAAAUGGCCACCAAGCUCGAUCAGUCUUUGGAUGAGAUCAUGACCAACACUGGUGCUAGCCGUGGCGGUGCUCGUGGUGGCGCCAGACGCGGAAGAGGUCAACGCCAGCCUCGCCGAUCGACCGGAGCCCCUGCCCCUGUUGGAGGCAUCUCCAAGAACACUCGCCCCGCAAAGGGCGCAGUCAAGGCCACCCCUACGGGUCCUGCCAUUCACAGAGACAGCAAGAUUGUCGUUAGCAAUUUGCCAAGAGACGUAGACGAGACGCAGAUUAAGGAAUACUUCGCCAAGUCUGUCGGAUCAGUCAAGAAAGUGGACAUCUCAUAUGGGCCCAAUGGCCAGAGCCGUGGAAUUGCCAACAUCGUCUUCCACAAGAACGACGGAGCGAGCAAGGCCGUUGCGGCUCUCAAUGGAUUACUUGUGGAUGGAAGGCCAAUGAAGAUUGAGGUUCUCGUUGAUGCCUCCCAGGCUCCAGCUAUUGUUGCACCAAAGGGAUUGGGUGAUCGUAUUGCCCAACCAAAGGUUCAGCCGAAGUCAGCUGCCGCAACCAAGGCUGGUGCAAACAACGCCGCAGCCUCUACUCGUGGCAAGGCUGGCAAGAGGGGCCGAGGAGGUCGCGCCCGCCCUGCCCGCCCUGCCAAGAAGACCGCCGAGGAGCUGGAUUCUGAGAUGGCCGAUUAUUUCGACGCAACUGCCGCACCUGCGGAAGCCGCCGCACCUGUCGCUGCCAACGGCGAUGCUCCAAUGGACGACGAGAUCCUGUGAAUAGCCUGAUUCGCUCACGGAUAGACGCCUGUGGAAUCUCCGCAGGCGAUCCAAAUUGACAUAAGAAUACACUGCGUUUUCCUUACAAGGAACGACUUCAUCGCGAAAUUGUAUUUUAGCUGGUUUUCUUAUCCUCGUUCCGGAUUUCGCAAGAUCGCACAGCAUCAAAUAACAUCAAACUCCAAAAACACUCGUCAACUGCGCCAACUUUUCUGUUGUUUUCUCUGGCUUGGACGGCACAAGGAAUCAUCAGGGGAAACAUGGGAUAUUCCACGACCCACCCACUUCUAAACCAGACUUCCUUUUCAAUUGUAUACCAAGCUUAAUAAUGUCAAACAUGUCAACUCAG